AUGUCUCUCCGCCGACUCGCCCAGCAUAACGUUACUGGGGUUCCAGUCACGCCGCGUACAUCCAGCUCGGCCUCGUCGUCUGGUGCGGCGUCCCCGGUGCCUUCUACUCCCGUCCGCCCGCCGUCCACACCUCGCACACGCCUCGUGUACCCCAUCUCUCCAGUCUCCUCCCCGUCUUUGUCUGCGUCAGUUGCCUUUGACUGGGAUGCGGUACGUUUGCGUCGAACUCCGCCGUACGCUACUCCUCAGCGUGUAAAGGCGCUCCGUAAAAGCGAUGUGGGCACGCCUGGGUCGACAAAAGCCACGCCGAGUAAACGAGUAGUGCGGAAAAAAGGAUUUGUCGAGCGAAUCACCUCCCUUCCAUCGAGGAUCGCGUUUGAAAUCGCCCUCUUCCCGCACAAUGUCCCACUGCCCGCUCCCAAGACCUCAGCAUAUCUGCUUGGUGGUUUUGCCCACUUCAUGCAUCUUUGCAUAUGCGUCUCCCAGAUUCGCCGCGUCCCUGAUUCGGACCUCGGCUGGGAGGAUAUGUACCGCGAGGGCGAGGGGGAUUCAUGGUUUGACUGGACCGUGCCCACAACCGCUCUUCUCUUCGCUGUCGCGAUCCUCAAUACAAUGUACCUUUUCACACGUACGCGGCUGUAUCAGCUCAACCUCGCGACCGAGCCUGUCUCUUCCCCGCAUGCUACAUUCGUAGAACGGCCUCGCGUUGUGCGGGCACACGACGAUGACGACGAUGACUUCGGCCCUGCGAAACCAACUUCCGCGCGCUUCAUGUCUUUCUUCUCCUCGGCAUUCUGGAGUCUCUGGCGUGCCUUCGUUAUAUCCGUCCGUUUCUUGCUAAAUUUCAGUCCAUCGACGGACCGCACGCCUGCUAGGAGACGAAGGGCGGAACGCCUGCAGCAGCUGGAGGUCUGGGCGCCCGGUGAGCUCGAGAACGUCCUUUUUGCGAUAUAUUCUCCAGUGCAUGCGCUACUGUGGACGGCGGUGUCCAGUGCAAAUUGGAUGCGAAUGCUUAUCGUAAUGGCCGUGGUCAGCGCACAGCUGCGUGCGGUGACAUAUUCGUACGAAGCACUCCUCAAGGACCGCACAAUUAUCGCUGCGGAAGUACUCCAUGAGUAUGACGAAAAGUUUGUGUUCCCUCGUGUGAACCCCGUUCGUAAAGAUGCAGCGGUGAUGACACACCAGGCAGAGAUGGUUGAUUUUGAGUAG